AGGGGUUAUUACAGAUGUAGCAGUUCGAAGGGCUGCCCGGCAAGAAAACAAGUGGAGAGAAGCCGUGCGGACCCCACCAUGUUCAUUGUCACCUACUCCUCCGAACACAACCAUCCAUGGCCGCCGGUCCACAAGAAAACCAAGCCGGCCGAAGAGCCGAAACCGGUUGAACCAAGCGUUGCCGAGCCGGCCUCGGAUCCCGAGGAGAAAUUCUCCGACCUUAUCGGAGAAGAACCGUCGCUAUUGAUUCACGACGAUUUUCGCUGGCCGCCGUCGAAUUCUUCAGCUACUGCCGACGAAGACGACGGCCUCCUCUAUGGCCCGCUGUUCGUAGGAGCUCCUCUAAGUGAUGAUUGCGAUAA